GGCGGCAUCCCUUAGUUCCCCAAAAUUCUGUUAAUAGCUGGCUGGGCAGUGAUUCGGUUCCUUUGCGCAAUCCUAGAGCCGGCUGCUCUGUUGUCCCCGUGUAAACCCCGCUCCGCUGGCAGAUGCAGCUGGAAAAACAGAAAUUGGCAGUACCACUUCAGGCAGGUUUUAUCAUGCUACGAACGUUCAGAGACACAACUGGCAAGUUUGGGGUCCAUCUUUUAAAGUGCCGUCACCAUCAUAAACCUGUACUGGCUAUCAGGAGGGAAGAUGUUAGUGUUUGGGAAAGAAGAGCACCUCUAGCACCAAAGCAUGUUAAAGAGCUGACAAAUCUGGGAUACAAAGUCUUAGUACAACCAUCAAACCGGAGAGCCAUCCAUGAAAAGGAUUAUAUAAAAGCAGGUGGCAUUAUUCAGGAAGAUAUUUCUGAGGCAUCUCUGAUUGUGGGAGUGAAGAGACCUCCAGAGGAUAAAUUAAUUCCUAAGAAGAACUAUGCAUUCUUCUCUCACACUAUUAAAGCCCAAGAGGCAAACAUGUCUCUACUGGAUGAAAUUCUAAGAAAGGAAAUUCGAUUGUUUGACUAUGAGAAAAUGGUUGAUCACAGAGGACUACGAGUGGUAGCCUUUGGACAGUGGGCUGGUGUAGCAGGAAUGAUCAAUAUUUUACAUGGAAUGGGAUUACGAUUUCUUGCUCUAGGACAUCACACUCCUUUCAUGCACCUUGGUAUGGCUCAUAACUACAGGAACAGCAGCCAGGCUGUGCAGGCAGUGCGGGAUGCUGGCUAUGAAAUCUCUCUGGGUUUGAUGCCAAAGUCGAUUGGACCCUUAACAUUUGUGUUUACAGGCACUGGUAACGUUUCUAAGGGUGCCCAAGAAGUGUUCAGUGAACUCCCCUAUGAGUUUGUGGAGCCACAUGAACUGAGGGAGGUUUCCAAAUCUGGAGACCUUAGGAAAGUAUAUGGGACAGUGUUAAGUCGUCACCAUCAUCUUGUAAGGAAGACCGAUGGGGUGUAUGAUCCGGAGGAAUACGACAAACAUCCAGAACUCUACACUUCUCGUUUUAAUACUGAUAUUGCACCGUACACUACUUGUUUGAUUAACGGAAUAUACUGGGAGCAACACACCCCUCGCUUGUUAAAUCGACACGAUGCAAAAAAGUUGCUGGCUCCAGUUAAACCUUCUGCUGCUGCAACUGAAGGUUGUCCAGAAUUACCACACAAACUUAUGGCAAUAUGUGACAUUUCAGCAGACACUGGAGGAUCCAUAGAAUUUAUGACAGAGUGUACAUCAAUUGACAGUCCAUUCUGUAUGUAUGACGCUGACCAGCAUAUUAUUCAUGGCAGUGUGGAAGGCUCUGGAAUUCUGAUGUGUUCCAUUGACAACUUACCAGCACAGCUUCCUAUAGAAGCAACAGAAUACUUUGGAGACAUGCUUUUAACUUAUGUCGAAGAGAUGCUGUUAUCCGAUGGCUCACAGCCUCUCGAAAGCCAGAAUUAUUCACCUGUUGUACGAGAUGCAGUGAUUACAUCCAAUGGUUCAUUGACUGAUAAGUAUAAAUAUAUCCAGAAUUUGAGGGAGAGCAGGGAAUACUCACGGUCACUAACCAAGAAUAAGAAGAGGGUCUUGUUACUUGGAUCUGGGUAUGUUUCUGGCCCUGUGAUAGAAUACCUCACUAGAGAUCCCAGCGUAGAAAUCACAACAGCAUCCAUCAUGAAGGAGCAACUUGGCCAGCUGACCAACAAAUACAACAAUGUUACUUCUGUUCACGUGGACAUCAUUAAGCGCGAGGAUAAACUGUCCUCCUUGGUGAAGACACACGACCUCGUGAUCAGCUUGCUGCCUUACUCAGCACAUCCUUUAGUCGCUAAGAAGUGCAUUGACAGCAAAGUAAACUUAGUGACAGCCAGCUACCUAACACCAGCUAUGAAAGAACUCCAAGAAAGUGUAGAAGCUGCUGGUAUUAUGAUUAUCAGUGAAAUAGGUUUGGAUCCUGGCCUCGAUCAUAUGUUGGCAAUGGAGUGUAUUGAGAAGGCAAAAGAUGUAGGCGCUACGGUCGUAUCAUACACUUCCUUCUGCGGUGGCCUGCCAGCUCCUGAAUAUUCCGCUAAUCCUCUGCGAUACAAGUUCAGCUGGAGUCCACAGGGUGUUCUGUUGAAUACAGUUCAGUCUGCCACAUAUUUAAAAGAUGGAGAGAUUAUUAAUAUUCCAGCUGGAGGAGCGUUGCUUGAUUCUGUUGCUGUCAUGGAUUUUUUCCCAGGAUUAAAUUUGGAAGGUUUUCCCAACAGGGACAGUACAAAAUAUGCUGAACCAUAUGGUAUUCAGUCAGCCCAUACCUUGAUAAGAGGCACCUUAAGGUAUAAGGGGUAUUCGAAAGCCGUGGGAGGCUUUGUGAAAUUAGGUUUAAUAAACCCAGAUCCCUAUCCUUUGCUUAGCUCAACAGCACCACCUAUAACCUGGAAAGAGCUGAUGUGUAAGCUGCUUGGACUCAAACCUUCUGCCGAAUCUGCUCUCCUUAGAGACGCAAUCUACAACAAACUGGAACAGGACAACAGUCAGCUGGAAGCAGUGGAAUGGUUAGGGAUACUUGGAGAUGAGCCAGUUCCUAUAGCAGACUCUGUUGUGGGGGCACUUGCCACGCACAUGGAGCUGAAGCUGCCCUUUGGUGCUGGAGAACGAGAUAUGAUCAUUAUGAGAAAUGAAAUAGGUAUCAAGCACCCAUCUGGCCAUUUGGAAGAUAAAUUCAUCAAUCUGGUUGUGUAUGGUGAUGAUAAAGGAUAUUCUGCAAUGGCUAAAACUGUAGGAUACCCCACAGCUAUUGCUGCUAGGAUGGUUCUAGAUGGUGAAAUUGAUGCCAAAGGCCUGGUAAUUCCAUUGACAAAGAAUAUCUAUGCACCAAUACUUGAGCGCAUUAGAGCAGAAGGCAUUGUAUGUAGUACCCAAGGCAUUAUCAGACAAUAACUGAUGACAAGAGAUUGAGCUUGAUUUUUUUUUGAGGAUCUCAGUUUGGCUUACAGUUUUAUGUACACAAUUGUGGGCCCACUACUGACUGUGCCUACAGACGGAAGCACAAAUGAUGCCCUUUAUAAAAUUAUCUACCUGCCUUUAUGUGGGCCUAAUGAAUAUUUAGAUGUAUAAAUGGUAUCACUUUUCCCUUCAAAACUGAGGGGGCUGUUCAAGAAGCCAAUUGGCUCUGCUCAGGAUAAACAGGUCACAUCAUAAAGCGCCCCAAAACCUUUUGCCAUCAACAUACCUUACAAUGCAUUAUUACACUGUAUAAUACGUUAAUGAUGUAUUCGUAGUAUACACUUUGCUAAUAAAGAAGAUAUCUAAG